GUAAAUAGAGAUGUAUGCACUUCUGAGGUUGAAAAAUGUGAAAUGCAUUGGAAGGGGAAGGAGGUCUGUGGCUCCUUGAGGUUGUUUUUCCUUGUCUCCUGUUUCUGUAGUACCCCGAUGAUGUCCUGACUCUUCAGUACAAGCCUCUGUCUUUAAAAAACACCUGCUGCCUGCCAUUCCACCUUUUGCUGGACUUGGAGCAGCCAUUCCUAAUCUGUGAUGCAAACCAGCAGCCCCUCCCUGCAAGGGCCCAGCCUGUGAAGAUGGAGGCAGGGCAGGAACUUCAUCUCUACAUCAGCUUUAACCCAGCUUAUGAAAAGGAUCCGAUCAGCUGGGUAGCAGAGAAGACUAUGAAGAUCCGGCUUGUGGAACAUCCUUACGAGGAAGAGAUCACCGUUCGGGGAGAGGUCUACUUCCCGAAUCUCCGUAUCCGGACCAAAGCAUUCGACUUCGGUUGCAUCGUGAGUGGCUCAGAGGAUGUGCGUUACCUGGAGAUGACCAACUGCAGCCCCAUUCCUGCCCACUACCACUGGUCAUUCCAGGUGGACAGCAGGAAGUACCCAACAGGGUUCAUACCUUCCCCAGCUACCUCCAAACGCCAACCACAAAUGUUCACGUUCGGCUGUGAUGAGUGUGGGUGGUAUUCAAGGAGGUACUUCAGGCCUGGCAGUGUGCAGAAGCCAGCCAAAGCCCCGGAAGCAGCGCAGGACUCUUCCCCACAGUCAGCACACUGCCAGGAAACAGAAGAGGGUUCUUCCCAAAAGAUAUCAAAGAACUGCGUGGAAACAGAAGAGGAUUCUUCUGAAGAGUCAUCAGAUUCAGAGUACUCCUUGGAAUCAGGGCAAGAUUCUUCCCUACAGUCAUCAGAGUCAGAGAACUGUGUGGAAACAGACCAGGAUUCUUCUGAAGAGUCAUCAGAUUCAGAGGACUCCCUGGACACAGAGGACGAUUCUCCUGAACAGUCAUCACCAGAGAAGUUCCCGGAAACAAAGCAGGACUCUUCCCAGAAGUCAUCUCAUUCAGAAGACUCCCCGGAACCAAAGGUGCCACCAUCCACUGCUGCAGGGCCUCAGAGCUCAGCAGAGACGGAGGAGUCUGGGCAGUCAGAGGAGGCAAAGCCCCCUGGCUUCAGAGCGGAGGAGGUUUUCGCUGUCCAGCCGGUGUCCGGUGUGCUGCAGCCAGGCAACAGCCAGCAGGUGGCCUUCACCUUCUUUGGCCACGCCGACAUCAUGGCCCAUGUCACGGCCCUGUGCCAGGUGGAGGGAGGCCCGACCUACAAGGUGGAGCUGAGGGGGGAGACUUCGGUCCUCACCUACCACCUGAGCGUCAAGGAGAUCGACUUUGGGCUGCAGCUCUUUAAUGAAGUCCUUAAAGCAGAGGUCACCCUGCAGAACAACGGGAAGAUCAAAUUCACCUACGUGGUACAGAGCCCCAGCACUGGCACUGCAAAGAACCCUCUGCCUGGUGUGCUCGAGGUCCUGCCCAACACAGCUUCCAUUGAACCUGGCAAGGAGCAAGUGCUGAAGCUCUCUUACCUGCCAGGAAUGCCAGGAGUCUUCUGCAGGACUUUCCAGGUUCAAGUGGGUCACCUGAAACCAGCAGAAAUCUCCCUGAAAGGAGUGGCGGUCUUUGCCGCGAUCUGUCUGGACCUGCCCUGGAGCAUCAAAGGAAGUGAAAAAUAUAAGAGGCUACUGAAACAGUUGAAAGAAAAGCUGAAAAAAGACAAGCAGGACAAGAAAGCACGUGUUUGGAGGAAGGCUCGAAUCAGGAAUCAACACGUGAAGGGCCCUGACAUUGUGGCAAACACUUGGCUGAGGAUGGAGAUGGAGCGGAUGCUGAUAAAGGAAAAUGCUCUGCGGCUGCAACCAACCCUCAUCUCCCGCCCCCCAGAGGACACUGUCUUUGACAAGCACAUUCCUCAGAAGCUUGUCCAAGUUGAGCUGCCUGAGUACAUCCUGGACAUGGGCACUGUCGUUCAGGGUUUCAGUAAAAGCUGUAUUGUGAAGAUCACCAACACCUGGAGGUACCCAGUGGCCGUCCGGGCCAAUGAACGUGCCCUGCGUGACACAG